GCAAUAAGCAUCAGAGUGGGGCUGUGCAGGCUCAGACCUGGUGGCUCUCUGACCAAAUACAUCAGUCAGGGUUGAAAAACUUUGGAAAACUUUUUCUCACCACCAGGAAUUAGUAGCAGCUAAAGAAAAAAUGGGCACUGGGGAUUAUAUCUGCGUUACAAUGAGUGGAGGAGCACCCUGGGGCUUCAGGCUACAAGGUGGAAAAGAGUACCAUGAAACACUUCACGUGUCCAAGGUUCGCAGCACAAGCAAGGCCUCAGAUGCUGGAUUAUGUGUAGGAGAUGAGGUGAUCUCCAUCAAUGAGAUUUCUUGUGCUGAUAUUCCUUACUCUGAAGUUGUGAAGCUUAUUGAAAAAUCAACUGACAAUCUUCAAAUACGUGUAAAAAGGGCACCAAGCAAGUCACAAUCAGCAGAAAAUAAGAAUGGAGAACAGGAAAAUAUUAACAGAGAAUUGUGCACUGAAAGUACAACGCUACAGAUCCGUCUGGGCACAGAAAUUGUGCCCACAGAACAGAACCUCUCUGAAGAAAUGCAAUAUCCGUCACUUUAUUCAAAAGCAGGUUCUGAUACAAUGCUGAUAGGAGUUAAGAAAGAUAAUGAAGUCAUGCUGGAACACAAGAUUACCCCUAGAGUUAUUGAAACUUCCAAAGAUGGCACAAGCGGUGACAUCACACUGACCAGGAGAAUAGAACAAGGCGCUAUGGUUGAACUGCAACUGUCACUCCCACAGGACAUACAUUUGGGCAGUGUAGGUUCACCUAUUGUAACUCUUGCGGGUGUUGACCAGGGUACAUCUCCAGAAGCAGAAGACAAUGUGCUACAAGAUGAAGUUGCCUCUGAGCACCUUGAUGACAAAGAGCCACCUAGACAGCAGACAUCGGCUACAUUCCACAUAGUGGGCAAACAGCAGGCAAAGAUCUCUGCAGGACUGACAAGUGAAGCAUGUUUCCCAAGGGUGGAAUUGAUCUUAGACUGUUCUGGCAGAGAAAAGGAGCCCAGGUUUCAGUCUGACAGGGGGUGUGUAAUAUCUGGAGAAGAAGGAGGGCAGACAGAGGAACCUCCUUCCACUGUCUCCUUUGGAAUCAAAGCAGAAGACUCAGAGGAAGGAGAGGAGGCUCAGCAAGCAGAAGGGGAGCUUGUCAAACCCAAUAAACACCGGGCCAGGCACGCCAAGCUUAGGCGCAGUGAAAGCCUCUCCGAAAAGAAAGUCAAAGAAGCCAAGUCUAAAUGUAAAAGUAUUGCCUUGCUGCUGACAGCUGCCCCAAACCCCAAUUCCAAGGGGGUGUUGAUGUUUAAAAAGCGUCGCCAAAGGUCCAGGAAAUUUACUUUGACAAGCUACGGUACUGGUGAACUAGAAAGGCAGGUGGACAGCGAAGACGAUAACGAGGACGAAGAGAAUAAAGAGAAUACUUUCAAUGUUACAUUUUAUGGGGCAAGUGAGUCAGAUCUAGAUGACGAUUUUUCUUCAGACCCUGAAAACGACACACAAAUUGUAACAUUUGACUGGGAUACUGGACUUGUAGACGUUGAAAAGAAACUUAAUAGUGGUGACGCAAUGGAGGAGCUUCCAGAGACCAAAGGUAAAGGGGUCCUUAUGUUUGAAAGAAGGAAGCAGAGGAUGGAUCAGAUUUCAGCAGAGCAAGAAGAAGUCCGGAAACAUAGUAUGGAAGAAAAGGUGUCUGUCAUAGAGAAUGUAAAUAAUACAAUUUCACAUCAGACACAGCAACAGCAGAGCAUAAAAAUGCAGAGCUGCGUGAGUAAAAGUUACAUUGAGGUCAGCAAUAGCCAAACAAGAGUUCAGAAUGGUUUUGUUGGAGCACAUGAGUCAAUCCCUUCAUUUCAGCCUCCAUCUAACAAAACCCCAAAACCUUUUGGGGGAUUACAGAAUAGGGCCGCAAUACCAUUUUCGCCUACUAGAAAUAUAGCAAGUCCAAUGUCAGAUGUGCCUGCACCACCCCCUUACUCAUCAGUUACUCCACCUCCUGAGCCAAGGUUUCAAGUGUCUUCCCCAGUACCUGCCAAAGCCCAAGGAGCUGUGUGGGCUCCAUCAUUUUCAACAGAACAAAUAGCUUCUAGAGAUGAACGAAUCUCAGUUCCAGCCAACAAAACAGGAAUUUUACAGGAGGCAAAACGAAGGAGCACAAAACCUAUGUUCACUUUUAAAGAACAGCCUAAAAUAACUCCAAAUCCUGAGCUUCUUUCUCUUGUUCAGACCAGAGAAGGUAAACGUAGCACUGGUAAUGAGUCUGGACCUGAAGAAGAUUACCUUAGUCUAGGAGCAGAGGCAUGUAACUUUAUGCAUGUUCAAGCUGGCAAGCAAAAAACUCCUCCACCUGUUGCCCCAAAACCUUCAGUUAAGUCCCCUACAGCAAUGCCAACUUCACCAGUAUGGGCACCUCCAACUGGUGCUCCAGCACCACAAGUGUUUUCAAUUCAAAAUCCUCCUCAGAGACAAUCCCCUACUGAAGCUAAUGCUGUACAACCAAAAUAUAAUUCUUACAACCCUCCAACUGUUGCUCCAGUAUGGACACCGCCAACCACUGCUCCAGCACCACAAGUGUUUUCAAGUCAAAAUCCUCCUCAAAGUGCAUCCCAUGUUGAAGCCUAUGCUGUACAACCAAAUUAUAAUUCUUACAACCCUCAAACUGCUGCUCCAGUAUGGUCACCGCCAACCGCUGCUCCAGCACAACAAGUGUUUUCAAGUCAAUAUUAUCCUCAAAGUGCAGCCCCUGUGGAAGCUAAUGUGGCAGAACCAAAAUAUAAUUCUUACAAUCCCCCGACCUCUCUUAAUUUAUCAGGCCCCUUAAGAGGUCCUCACACAGCAGCUCCAGUAGUAAAUCAACUGUAUACACCAAAAACACCUCCUACUACUCCAUCAGGAAAAUCUGCUGUUGGAACAGCUUAUGAAAUGCCAGCCUUGAAAGGUAAAGGAGCAGAGUUAUUUGCAAGGAGACAGUCCCGAAUGGAAAAAUUUGUAGUGGAUUCAACUACAGUGCAAGAAAAAGCAGCUCGACCACUCUCUCCAACUCCAUCUUUACCACCAUCUUGGAAAUAUUCAUCCAAUGUUCGAGCACCUCCUCCUUUAGCAUAUAAUCCAAUACAGUCACCACUUUAUCCCCCUUCCACAAACAAAUCUGCUUCUAAAACGGGAUCUUCAGCUGCCAAGAAAAAGCCCACCAAAACACUCAGCGCUCUUCAGGUCAUGAAACACCAACCAUAUCAGCUUAAUUCAUCCUUGUUCACUUUUCAACCACCAUCUGACACUGCCUCUGAUACUGAAGCUCCUAAGAAAAACACUAAGUCAGACUUUAGUUCUUCUACCAAGCAAGCAAAGUUCAAUAAGCCAGUGAAUACUGCUCCGAGUAGUCAUUUCGUACCACCACCUGAAAAUUCUCAGCCAGUCUACAAUACACAACCUUCCUACCAGUCAAUUGCUUUAACUCCAUCCAGUGAAACCCACAGAAUCAGCUAUCCCAUGCAGCCUAGACAAGAAUCACCGAUUGCUCUACUGAUCGCUCCUCCGAGGCCUAAAUUUUCUGCAAAGAAAGCUGGUGUGACAGCCCAGGAAAGAGAUAAUGGAAGAUCUAUGUCCUUCCCUGCGAGGAGCCUUUCAUCUGCCAGUUCACAACCGUUUGGCUCACCGAUAUCGCCCAUGCUUUUUCAGCCAGCGCCAGGAUAUGUGGGAAAAUCAGCCACAACACCAGAAACACCAGGGAAAAAGUUAACUCCAUGGGAAGCGGCAGCCAAGUCCCCACUAGGGUUUGUGGAUGAUGCGUUUCUGCCACAAACUUUACAUGAAUCAGUAUCUUCCAAUGUAGUGUCUGCUGCACGUAGAAAGACUUUACCAGGACCUCCAGCAGCUUGGAAGACCACCUCCAAUGUACCAAGCACAGGUCUCUACAGAGGCUUAUCUGAAAAAAAGCGUAAUAGUAUUUCAACAGUACCGAAAAAUGUAGUGUCUGCACCAUCUUUGCAAUGUGGUUACCAGCUCAGGUAUCCAUAUUCAAGUACACACUCUAUAACCAAUGCUCGAUCUCUACCUUUGGAUACUAGAUCAGAGUAUGGCAUGUCAACAGGUCAUAAUCCAAACUUCAAUCCUUAUCCUAGGGCCUGGAGGAGCUAGGUAUCAAAUUGCUUACCAAUUCAACCUCUAAGCUAUGACAAUGGCCCAGUGGUAUUGAUGCUGUUCCUAGGUUCUGGUAUGGGCUAAAUGUGUUUACAGAAAGGUCCAGCGUAUAUAUAACUUCCUUGUGAUCAGAGGGAUUAAGAUGCAAAGUCUUUCUUUAUGCCACACUUUAUAAAUGCGAGAGUUUAUGCCUUUGUACAGUUUUUUCAAGUUGGGCCUCAUGCACACAGACGUCUAGAGGCUGCAGAGUCUUCCAGCUUCAAUUCCCCAUCGCUGCUCCAGCCAAAAGCUUACCUUUAGGCUAUGACCUUUACUAAGUUUUAACUUUCUCUCAUUGUGUUUCUUAUUAAAAGCAAUUUCUUAUAAGACCCAGAGUAGUGGUGGUCUACAUUCCGAGACCCACCUGCAUCAUGAAGAUUGUAAUUUUGUACUGAUCCCUAUAUGAUGCUAUAGUCUACCUGUUUUCCUGUAACUUGACUGACUAUUGUUGCAAAUGUGAAAGAAUCACACAAAAAAAACAGAGCUUCCUACUUCUAGUGAGUUGCAGCUGUGGUGCACAGCUGCCUAUACAAGUGAUUGGCUGUAUGUGGCUUUGUAAAAACCAACGUUUGUGCAUGGCCAUUUGUACAGCCAUUUACUUGUAUACCUACCAACUUUUUGACAUGGGAACGAGGGACCCCUAUCAGCAAAAGUAUGUAAGCAUAGGACACACCCCCUGCCAAGCCCCCUUAAAGAAGAAUUAUACA